GUACUCAGGGUGUGGGCUGCUCUUAGUCUCUGCAUAGCAGCUGUGUCGGCCACGUGUGUUGUGUGGUCUUUUUUUUUUUUUUUUUUCUUUAGGGAGACAGGGAGAUAGGAUGCAUGUGAUGGAUGUUGUCAUCUGGCCCCAGUUUCUUGUCUUUGAUCCUCUUCCACAAGAGCAUGGAUGAAGAUUUAAAAACAACAAACCCCCCCAAACAGAAAUUAUACAGCAGUAAUUGGAAUCUUUUAACUGAGCCAAUAGGGUACUUGGAAUCAUGUUUCUCAGCCAAGAUUGGUACUCCAAGGCAGCCAUCCAUUUGUAGCCAAUCCAGAGCCUGUUUGAAGAUCAGAAAGAGCAUCUUUAAUAAUCCUGAACAUUCCUUGAUGGGCCUAGAACAGUUUUCUCAUGUUUGGAUCUUGUUUGUCUUUCAUAAAAACGGCCAUUUGAAUUACAAGGCAAAAGUGCAACCCCCUAGGCUGAACGGGGCAAAGACCGGAGUGUUCUCCACACGGAGCCCCCAUCGCCCGAAUGCAAUAGGACUGACACUGGCCAAGCUGGAGAAGGUGGAAGGUGGAGCUGUAUACCUGUCUGGAAUUGACAUGAUACACGGCACACCUGUGCUAGACAUAAAGCCCUACAUUGCCGACUACGACUCACCACAGAACUUGGAGCCACAGACUAAACACCACAAGCUGAGGGCUGCGGGCCCAUCUGACGCCACAGCUAACAGUUGUGACCAGCAGCUGCUCUCAGGGUGUGAGAAAGCACAGCCUUGCCACAGCACCAAGGAGAAACCGAAAUGCCGUGAACACAGGACCUCGGAUGAAAACUCCCAGAAGUUCAGAGACACCUCAGAAAUCCAGCACACUUUGCCAGAGGACAGAGAGAGAGCAGUGGAUUUAGCCCUGGAAUCAAGCAGAGAGGAAACCAUGGAUGAGCCUGAAGAUCAGCUUGGCCCACAGGAGCUGAAGAGCUUUCUGGAAGAAGGCACAGAUAGACCAAGGAAAGUGGAAGGUGCCUUGGUCCUGCGGGGGAGCAGUGCAGAAACACGGUGGGAUGCUUCCUGCCAUGCCAGGACAGCUGACAGAGUGCCCUGCAGUGUUGUCCCCAGCUGGGUGAAGGAGGCUCCUGUAGCCACUUUACAAGUCCGGUUUACUCCUCAUGCAGAGAUGGAUCUGAGGAAGCUCAGUUCAGGAGGUGCUAGUCAGACGUCGUUUAAAUACUUCCAUUCCGCAGAGGAAGCCAAGUGUGCCAUUGAGGCUAUGCUGUCAGCAGACCCUCGGUCUGUGUACCGGCGGAAGCUCUGUGAGGACCGCCUUUUCUUCUUUACUGUGGACAUAGCACAUGUCACGUGCUGGUUUGGUGAUGGCUUUGCAGAGGUUCUGAGGAUUAAACUGGCUUCUGAGCCUGUUGAGGUGGCUGACCCUGAGGAGUCUUUGGUGGCCUUGGGGUCUUGAGGAGCCUAGAGUGUUUUCAGAAGCUCCGUUGGUGUCUGGAUGUGCCGGCUCCUGUCAUCUAACUGCUUUAAUCGGCUCUGUUUAAAAUAUUUAUGUGAAGGAAAUUUUGUUGGUUUUUGUUUUCCAAGAAAGGAUUUUUCUAGGUAGCCCUGGCUAUCCUAGAACUUACUUUAUAGACCAGGCUAGCCUUAAACUCAGAGAGAUCUAUCUACCUCUGCGUCCUAAUGCUGGGCUUACCGGUGCAGGCCACUCUGCCUGGCAAAGGAAAUGUAUGUCAGUAAACUUACCCGAGCACUGUAAAAUCAGUACUCACUGUGGGCUUUGCUCCAGUGCUGAAGACUCCCAAAGUGCUGCCGUAGGGGCUGCCUGGAAACACUCUUUAUUCUCGGUGCUCGACACAGAGAACAUUCUAUUUUAUUUUACUGGUUUUUCCAGACGGGGUCUCUCUGUGUAGCCCUGGCUGUCCUGGAACUUGCUCUUCAACCAGGCUGGCCUUGAACUCAGAGAUGCGCCUGCUCCUGCCUCCUGAGUACUUAGAUUAAAGGUGGCCACCACACAUGGCAACAGAGAACAUUCUAACAGGGCCUCUCAUGUUUCAUCUGAUCCAUUCAGCAGUUCACAUCAGCCUUCCUCACUCAAGAACCUGACCUCUCUGUUCUGUGUUCAGUUACUCUGUGACUGUGAAGAAGCUGCCGUGAUUUAGUUUUAGAUGAUUAACAUGAAAUGAAUAAAAUGUGGGACAGGUUCAAGGCAGACCCUUAUAUAGCCCAUGGUAGCCUGGGACUCUGAUUCUCUUCUCAGUUUCCUGGGUCUGGGAUUAUAGACCUACACCAACACACCUGGCUCAAGAUUCAUUUUGUGCCGCCAGUCAUGGUUUGUGGAGGAGGUAGACAUAAACAAGGCAGUGUAUUACAGGUUGAUAAACUAAUUAACACCACACAGGUCCAUGCCAUGUAGGAAGUGAUUGUAAGAAUGUGUGGCCUGUAGGUGAUUUUAAUGAGAUGGUCUGAGAUAACUGAAGAUUUACAAUCGGAGUAACCAAAUUAGACACCUGUCAACAUGACGCUCUUUCCUAAUCGCAGCUGCAGAUCUCAGAGCUGAUUGAUCACGGUUUGGAAGCGACCCCACAGCCUGUGGAAACUUGUCCAGUCAUUGCGGCUGAUGACAUUCCACUCCUAAGCCAGACUGGUUUGUAGCUGGUUAUUACCUUUGACAUUGCAAUGUUUUGGGACAGGAUCUUAAAUUCAAUUUUUCUAAAGCUAAAAGAUUGUUAGAAGUUGUAAAAUAGCUCAGAGGUCCCCUUUAACCUUUAUCUGGCGUCUCCAUAAGGAACAUCUAGACAUAUAGUAGAGUCCUAGCUAAGAAGUUGGCGUUCUGACACCUUCUUGUUCGUGUGUUCUGUUCAUGUGGGUGUAUUUUGUGUGGAUAUGUCCGCAUGUGUGGGUGUAGAGACCAGAAGUGGCACCUGCAUUUUUAAAACUAUUAAAACAAUACCCUUGGAGUUGGGCAUGAUGGUACACCUUUAAUCCCAGCACUCAGGAGGCAGAAACAGGCAGAUCUCAGAGUUUGAGGCCAACCUGGUCUAUAGAGUGAGUUCUAGGAUAGUCAGGGCUAUGCAGAGAAACCCUGUCUCAAAAAACAAAAUCCUUGCAAAUAAGUAAGAACAUCACCCAAGUUAGCCAGAUCCAGUGACUCUGCAGCUUACCAGAUAGAGUUAGCAUUCGGAAUGGAAGUUGUAGAGCAUUACAUUAAAUAUGGAUUGAAUAUAUUUUAUACUCUUUUUAAUUUCAAUUUUUUGAGAUAGGGUCUCAUGAUAUAGCUCUGCUGUCCUGGAAUUCACUCUGUAGAUCAGGCUGGCCUUGACUCAGAGAGAUCCACCUGCCUCUGCCUCCCGAGUGCUGGGAUCAAAGGUGUGCUCCACGGUGCCCAGCUUAAAUGAGUUCUCUGUUUUGAAUAUAUUUUAUACUCCCACCCACCCCCAAUACAGAAGAUCUGUGACAGAAUUAUAACUACAAAACAUACCAUUCACUUUUUAUUCUCUUAUAAAAUGCAUGAUUAUUACCUCUUAAAAA